AUGAUGGCUCCUAUUGUCGAGGCUCCUAUACAGCCGCGAAGAAGCGUUAUAACGUUGAAUCCGCAAGGAGGUCCACCACUUGAUGACCAGCCGGUUUCGUUCCAGCAACGUGCAGCAGAGGCACCCGUUUCGAAUAUUGCCCAAGAUAAAGCGGAAGCUCAGAUAAGACAGGGACUUAUUGAUGAAAGCGGAUUUCCAUCGGUGCUUCGGAAAAUAAGCAGCUUCAGCAGUGGCGAAGAUACCGAAAAAGAGGAUAAAUUGAAGCAGGGGGCAACAGCCCCGCAAACUUUGGGUAGUUUGGAGAAUGAUUGCGGCCAGCGUAAUGAAGUUUUACUGAAGGCAAUGCUUACUGCUACCAAAUUGAGUAAUUUUGAAGAUGAUUGUGAUGAUGAAGAUGUAUUCAAGGCACUACAAUGCUUCCCGCGGCUGACGAAACAAAGAGUUUCUAUCCAUCCCGUCCAAGAUGAGGAGGACGAGGAGAAGGCGACGGACGCAUUUGUCUUUAACGAAACUUGUUCCACGCAAACAUUUAACUUUUUCAUAAAAUCUCAAUCGGUAAGUACGCCAAAGCAUUUGCGGAAGUUACAAGGUGUUUGCUUGCAAGAGCAGGAGCUUCCAGCACCCAGAACCUUGAUGUCACCUCCAACACCACCCACUGAAAAUGAAAACCAAUUGAAUAUGACUCCAGCAAACACUCUGUUCCCGUCGAAACAAUUGUCCAUUAUAAUGGAAUUGACUGAGACCAACACAGUGUCGUCUGGUACGAAAUCAACGGCUGAAACUCAUGAUUUUGAUUCGGAGUCAUCAAAGUCGAAUUACACGACGAAACCAUCGAGUCUAGAGCAAUGUCCUAUGUUGGAUCCCAUACUUGAGGUUUCAGCUGCCCAGAAAUCAAGAGAAGCAGGUCGACAAUCGCCACAAGUGAAUCGAGAUGUAAUGAAAAUGACCGAUGAAGAAGCGAUGCCUGCUCUUAUGAUGUCUAUGAAAGUUUUUGAAGAUAAGACGGAAACAGUCCCGAAGAUGUUGUUAACUAAACUUGGAAGUAAUCCACCGCCGCCAACUAAUGAUGACGAUUACGCGACUUUAUUUACCACAACUCCUACAAAAGCUAGUCAGUUCCUGGCAGACAAGGUUAAUCCAUACGCGGUAAACGAAUCAAUGACUUUCUCUAAAUUAUCCGAGAUAACUUUGCCAAAAUUGGAAUCCGGAGAGAUUGUUUCGAAAUUUGUUCCAGCGAAAGAACAAGUACAGCAAGGCUGGUAUGAAGCAAGCUUGAAAAAGGACGGAAUGAAUGUAGAUGAUUGUGGUAUGGCAAAUGAUUCGAUCACGUUCUCGAAAUUGAAAGGUCUCACCAAUCCUGGCGGUUUGAUGGAUAAGGGCAAAAAGCAAGUUGAACCUGCUGAACAACGGCAGAAAGUAUUUGGAGAUGGGAGUUUCGACGAUAAGUCACUUCUGGAAGCUUUCAAAACUUCACUAGGAUCAAUACAUUUGAGAAAUUUUAACCCUUCCGCGACAAAAUUUGAGACUAGCGACAUUAAGCUGGAAUUCAAGGAGCCUGCUAUGCCCAAUGUGCCAUCUGAAAAUCUGACUAUGUCGACAAUGAAUCUAAUUGAUGCGAAAAACUCCUCUAUUUCAGAGAUUCCAUUUUUUCCAAGCACAUCGCAGAUUCAAGAAUCGUCAGUGCAUAUAAAACAAGAACCAUUUGAAGCCGUUUCUGGUGGAAAGAUUAUCAAUCUUAGGAAUAGUUCGACAUCGUCUCAAGCUUCUUUGAUACCGCAAACUCCCCAAACUUACGAAGCUUCUGCUCAUGGCGAGAGAGGGCUAGGCGACAGCAUUUGCGCUGGGAAAUCUAACAGCCACCACGAUAGCUCCUCGUCCGUCCAGGAACGAUCAAUAUUGAGUCGAUUUGCUGAAAUCUCCCGUCGUCAAUCGGAAAAAGUUGAUGAAUCGCUAAAUAUCGAUUCUAGUCUGCAUGCAUCUAAUAUUGGCCAUUUUCAGGAGGAAAUACCUGGAAGUUACGUUUCGACUCACUCGAUUCCUCUUCUUCGACUGCACAUAACAACGCCCUCUCUUAUCGCAAAACUGAUUGAACAAUUUUGUAAAAACGACUGCUUAUGUUUCGAAUGUUUGAAGUCUUUAACAUGUAAUUCAGCCACACUACAAGGAUAUUCCACACAAUAA